GCCUUCUCUUGACCAUUUGGCUCCCACAUCGCCACUACUCGUCAUGUCCAGGGACGACGCUCAUGCCGACCAUGAUCAUGGGAGCCAUCCACGGGCAUCCGGACUUUAGAGAUACGUUCGAAUAUCGAGCUAUGUCGACUGCCGCAGCUGGAUCCUACAUGUAUACUCAACAGCCAUCAUUGCGGCCAUUGGGGCCGGCGCUGCGCUCCCGCUGAUGAACCUCGUCCUUGGCAGAUUCGUCACAACAUUCAAUGACUUUGCCAUUGGCGCCAUGGCUCCUGACGAUUACAUGAAAGAGGUGUCGAGAUACGCGUUCUUCCUCGUCUACAUCCACACCGUGCUCUUGUCCCUCGUCGUCAUCCGAGCCACUUCGGCAUUGCGCAUGGACUUCCUUCAGAGCUUCCUGCGUCAGGACAUGACCUACUUCGACUCCAAUUAUGGCGGCUCCCCGUCAAUCAAGGUCACCGCCAACGGCAAUCUCGUCACCAACGGCAUCUCCGAGCGGCUCUCCAUCCUCGUCCAGAGCUGCUCGACAUUUGUGGCGGCAUUCGUCGUCGCGUUCGCCGUCCAGUGGAAGCUCACCCUCAUCACCCUUGGCGUCGUCCCGACCAUCGUCAUCGUCACGGGCGUCUGCAUGACAAUCGAAGUCAAGAGCGAGAACGUCCUCAUGUCCAUCUGGUCCCAAGCCAGUCUGCUCGCUGAAGGUGUCUUCUCCAGCAUCACCACCGUCCACGCCUUUUGGCUGCAGCCGACCAUGGCACGGCGGUACGAAGGGUACCUCGCCGAACUGGAGUGCGUCGGCAAGAAGAAAUCUCUGAGUUACGGCGUGCUUUUCGCGACACAAUUCUUUUGCGUCUACGCGGGCUACGGCCUCGCCUUUUGGCAGGGCGUCAGGAUGUUCGCUCGAGGCGAGAUCAGCGAUCCGGGCCAGGUCGUGACAUACUGUAUGCUUCCUCAUCUUCUUCCACUCGUGUUAAAUCGUUUCCCUAAGCUUACUCUUCUUCCUCUCAGGGUCAUUCUCGCAAUCGUUCUCGUCGCCACGUCCCUGACGCAGAUCGCACCGCAAGUCAUCACUAUCACCAAAGCUGCCACUGCUGCCGACGAACUAUUCCGCAUCAUCGAUACAAGCUCCGCCAUCGACCGUGUUGAUAGCAGUGACGACGUUUCGAAAUGA